CGUUUGUCCUUUCUCUUCUCCCGCAUCGGGCGGGGCACGCGUUUCCCUCCCCCAUCCAACUUCCAAACCCUAACCCUAGCCGAGCUUUAUCCUCCUCGUCCAUGUCGAACCAGUUCUACAACUACGGCUCCUCCUCCUACGACGGAAGCGCCGCCUCCUCCCUCUACUCCAUUCGCUCCGCCGCCAAUCCCUACCUCCCGGACGCCGUCUCCUCAAGGCUCGCGAGCGCCGACCCCUUCUCCGCGGCCGCAGCCGCCGCCGCCGCCGCGGCGGACACGGCCAUGUACUCCUCCUACGACCUCGGGGCCGAUCAAUUGUACGCGCGCUACUCGAAGCCCACCGACGCCUACAGGUACUCCGCCGCCGCGAAGACGCCCGCUGGAUCGGCGGACGCGGCGGUUUCUGGCGCGAGACGAUCCGUAGAAGCUCUCUAUCAUCAAUCUAUUCUGGGAAGCCAUAGUACUAUUGGGCAAAGUCAGGCUUUAUAUUCCACAAAUUUGGUCAAACGGCCUAGAUUUGAAAGCAAUCUUCCUAUUUAUCCUCAACGUCCGGGGGAGAAGGACUGUGCUCACUAUAUGUUGACAAGAACCUGUAAGUUUGGAGAGGCCUGCAAAUUUGACCAUCCUAUCUGGGUUCCUGAUGGUGGAAUCCCAGACUGGAAAGAGGUGCCACUUGUCCCAAAUGUCGAAACUCUUCCAGAAAGACCUGGUGAACCUGAUUGUCCUUACUACAUGAAGACUCAAAAAUGUAAGUUUGGGUCCCGAUGCAAGUUCAACCACCCAAAGGAAAUGAAUGGGGAGGGAACCGAAAUCUCGGAUGUUUCAGUAUUACCUGAGAGGCCUUCGGAACCAUUAUGCACGUUCUACGCCAAGACUGGAAAGUGCAAAUUUGGUGCAAAUUGCAAGUUUCAUCAUCCAAAGGAUAUUCAAAUACCAUUAAGCGGAGAAGAUGCUGGUGCCACGGUAAAGGCAGAAGCAGCAGAGAUUGAUGGUUUAGCUGGUGGAGAUUCAAUGCUCACAACGACACAUGUUACAAUUACCCCUGCUUUAUUUCACAACUCGAAGGGACUGCCCAUAAGACCAGGCGAAACUGAUUGCCCAUUUUACAUGAAGACUGGCAGCUGCAAAUAUGGUGCUACCUGCCGCUACAACCACCCUGACAGAUAUGCGAUCACUCCACCAUUGGCUGCUGCUGUAGGACAAACUGUUCUACAUCCGACGGCAACUAAUCUACCUUUUGGAGUUUUAAAUCCGACUGCUAACCUUUUCCAAAGCUUUAAUCUUCAGCCGACCCAUGCAUCACUUGCAAUUGCUCCAACUGUCUAUCCUCAACGCCCAGGAGAAGUUGAAUGUGAUUACUACAUGAAGACUGGACAGUGCAAGUUCGCAGACAGAUGUAGGUUUCACCACCCUAUUGAUCGCGCAGCUCCAGUGUCAGAUGCAAAACAGACUCUGAAUGUCAAGCUAACCCUUGCUGGGCUCCCACGAAGAGAGGGUGCUACCGCCUGCUCUUUCUACAUGAAAACGGGCAUGUGCAAGUUCGGCUCAAACUGCAGAUUCGACCAUCCUCCGCCAGGAGAGGCAGUGGCCAUGGCCGCGAUGCAGGGAAGCGGAGACGGGGAGGAAGGCGAGAACUGAAGAGCAGCGUUAGCAGUCAAAUAUGUCUGCUAUUAUCAAGCUUCACUUUUUUAUCCUUUUUGUGAACUUUAGAGUCGGGUUAUUGUUUUUUUUUUUUCUAAAAAAUCUCACGUAUUAUUUGACUACAUACGGUGGUGAACUCUGUCUAAUGUUCCACUGUGUUGUUGGGCUGUUGUGACUUCAAUUUGGUAGCUAAUUAAGCUUUCCUGCGUUUGUGAUGGUAAAA